CACGCCACACGCGUGAAAGCUUGCAAGUGAAACGCUCGACAUACCUCUUUUUCUACGUGCCUCACAUUUCGGGAGUACCUUGAGCCUCCGGAGCGCACACGUGGGAGAAAAUGCGGACCACCGCGAGCACGAUUUUUGCGAUCGUCUGCUCGUCGAUCGCACUGACGGUCGCGAAACCGGCGCCGGAGGCACCGGUGAGCUCAUACUUUCCACCCUCUGGAGGUGGUGGUGGUGGUGGAGGCGGCGGUGGAGGCGGUGGAGGUGGCGGCGACGGGCCUCCAGCUCCGGCUUACGGCCCGCCACAGCAAAACCCGGUGAUCCACAAGCACGUGUACGUCCACGUGCCGCCGCCAGAAGCACCGGAGUACAAAGCGCCCAGGCAUAUCCCGCAACAACAGCCGCAGAAACACUACAAAAUAGUGUUCAUCAAGGCGCCAACCCCACCGACGCCGACCGCACCGCAACUGCCGCCGCUGCCGCAGCCGGAUGAGGAGAAAACGUUGAUCUAUGUCCUGGUGAAGAAACCCGAAGAGGCGCCCGAUGUCGUGUUGCCGACGCAGGCACCGACGCAGCCCAGCAAACCGGAGGUCUACUUCAUCCGCUAUAAAACUCAGAAGGAGCAAGGUGGCGGCGAAUAUGGGCCACCGGGGCAGCAACCAGGACAACCCAUCGACAGUUACGGAGCACCACAACCGGGCCCGGGCCCCAGUGGACCAUAUUAGGCUCGUCGCACGAGAGCACCCUCACCACCCUCGACUUCCGGCAUUUUACGGAGACAAAUCGUUAACGGCGACUACUCUCGCAGCCGUUUCGCGAUACGUGAGCGCGAACGCGCAAGCCCGGAUGGAUCUUAAUAAUUUUAGGAGGGAUGUAUAUAUCGCCUAUAU